GAGUCUUAAAGCAAAGGGCAAUAAAGCUAUCACACACCACACCUUCAAAUGUAUAAAUACACAAAAUACCAAAGGACUUGUUCAACUUCUCUUCUCAACUUUUAGACUUUUCUUCCAACAUAUUUACACAACUAGUGAAGAAAAACAAAGACAUGGGGUUUGUGCUUUCUCGGAAAACGAUGACCAGAGUGAUGUUGCUGCUCAUCGUAACAAUGACUUGGUUCGUGGCCGGAGACGCAGGAGGUACGAAGCCAGAGGAACGACUGUUCAAUAUUGAGAAGCUAGAGAUGUUCGUGGAUAAGCUUCCUCAUAUUCCCACUCUUCAUGGCUUCCACAUCGUCAAUGGCGUCCUCAAACCCAAAUCUCUUCAAAUCGGCAUGUUCUUCAAGAAAUGGAAAUUCCACAGAGAUUUGCCUGCCACGCCAGUGUUCGCAUACGGUGUAUCGAAGCACAAGGCAACAGUCCCCGGACCUACAAUCGAAGCCGUUUAUGGCGUCUCCACCUACGUGACGUGGCGAAAUCACCUCCCUUCAUCUCACAUCCUCCCUUGGGACCCAACAAUCUCCCCCGCCAUCGCCAAACGCGGCGGCAUUCCCACGGUGGUUCACUUGCACGGCGGAAUCCACGAACCUUCCAGCGACGGUAACGCUGAUUCCUGGUUCACCGCCGGUUUUAAAGAGACCGGAACCAAAUGGACUAAACCGACGUACCAUUACGUCAACAAGCAACAGCCUGGUAACAUGUGGUACCACGACCACGCUGCCGGUUUGACCAGAGUCAACCUUCUCGCCGGUUUGUUAGGUGCGUACAUUCUCCGACAUAGCUCCGUCGAAACGCCUCUGAAGUUACCUACUGGCCGCGAGUUUGACCGGCCUUUGAUCGUGUUUGACCGGAGUUUCCGCAAAGACGGUUCGAUUUACAUGAACGCGACCGGGAACAACCCGACGAUUCAUCCGCAGUGGCAGCCGGAGUAUUUCGGCGACGCGAUCGUCGUGAACGGAAAAGCUUGGCCGAGACUUACCGUCCGCCGCCGUAAGUACCGGUUCAGAAUCAUAAACGCUAGUAACGCUAGAUUCUUCCGGUUCUUCUUCUCCAACGGUCUCCAUUUCAUCGUCAUCGGUUCGGACUCGGCUUAUCUAGCUAAACCGGUUUCGACCAAAUCGGUUCUCCUCGCUCCGUCGGAAAUAGUUGACGUCGUCGUUGACUUUUCCAAGUCAACGUCGAAGACGGCGAUACUAGCCAACAACGCACCUUAUCCUUAUCCAUCGGGAGACCCCGUGACAGACGAGAACAGCAAAGUCUUGAAGUUCAUAAUCAAGCACAAAUCAGAAACUGACACGUCAUCCAUUCCGACAAAGCUAGUCCAAUACCCGCACGCUGACGUGUCAAAAUCGGUCCGAACGCGUUACAUAGCUAUGUUUGAGUACGUGUCGAGCGCUGACGAGCCGACACAUCUGUACAUCAACGGCUUGCCUUAUAACGCUCCUGUAACGGAGACUCCAAAAAUGGGCACGAGCGAGGUGUGGGAAGUGAUUAAUUUGACGGAAGAUAACCAUCCGUUACACAUUCACUUGGGACUGUUCAGAGUGUUGGAGCAAACGGCGUUAGUGGAGACUGAGAAGUUCACUGACUGCAUGACGGAGAAAAACGACGCCGUGAAGUGCCAGAUCAGCAAGUACGCACGUGGGAAUAAGACGGCGGUGACGGCACACGAGCGGGGAUGGAAAAACGUGUUCAAGAUGAUGCCGGGACAUGUAACGAAGAUCCUCGUUAGGUUCUCUUACGUUCACUCCAACGAGUCUUACUCCUUCGACGCCACUCAAGAGCCAGGCUACGUCUACCAUUGCCAUAUAUUGGAUCACGAAGACAAUAUGAUGAUGAGACCUUUUGCGAUGGUCAAGUGAUACGAUUUUUCAGGAAGAUGGAUGGGGAUACAUACGGUUAUGUAAUUCUACAGAAAACCACUUAGAAUUAUGGAAUGUGAUAUGUGUAGUAAGGGAGGUUUUACUCCACAAAGAAAGAUAUAAAUGACUGCAUCUCCGAGAUAUCUUCAAUAAAAUCUCAAAAAUAUUGUUUUCGUGUGGAACUUAUA